UGCUGUUCGCAGCCGCGGUCCUCCGGCUUCCCGUGGUUCAGUGGGAAGGUGAAGCGGGCGGACAGGGGAUCAGGCCAUGGCGGCGUACCUGACUCACCAGCAGAAAGUCCUCCGCCUUUACAAGAGGGCGCUGCGGCACCUGGAGUCCUGGUGCAUUUACAGAGACAAAUACCGUUUUUACGCCUGCCUGCUGCGAUCAAGGUUUGACGAAAACAAAGAUGAAAAGAACAUGGUGAAGGCCACCAAGCUGUUAAAAGCUGGUGAGGAGGAAUUCUGGACUAACCAACAUCCUCAGCCCUACAUUUUUCCUGAGGCCCCUGGAGGCACAUCCUAUGAGAGAUAUGAAUGCUAUAAGGUUCCUGAGGCAUAUCUGGAUUACUGGCAUCCAUCUGAGAAGGCGAUGUAUCCCGAUUACUUUGCCAAGCGAGAGCAGUGGAAACAGUUGCGUCUCCAGAGCUGGGACAGAGAGGUGUUGCAGCUCCAAAAAGAGAUAGCCGAUAACCCAAAGAGUGAGGCCCUACCCCCAGCUCGGAGGGAAGAGGAUCUGCCCCCAUUGUGGUGGAACAUUGUCACUCGACCCCGUGAAAAUCCGACAUGAAGACUCACACCAGUACAGGUGGAAGGAAACGGGGAGACAGCAUUGCCAACUGUAAACUAUUUAUCUGUAGAGUCCUUAUCUGGCUCUGGUUUCCUUGAUAAGUGGAAGAACUGAACCCUCUCUGAAGCAUUUCUCUAAAUUCAAUAAACAUCAAAAAUUAAA